GAUUGAGAAAGUAUCAUUAGCUCUUCAGUGUCGCAACAUGAAGUUCCUAGUAGUUUUCACUUUGCUCUUGGCUUCGGCCUACGCUUCGCCAGUACUCUACCAACGUACGUUGGAUGUACCCGUUGUGGAGGACAGUUUAGAAGGACGCAUCACCAACGGUCAGCUGGCCGCUCCUGGUCAGUUCCCGUAUCAAGUUGGACUCUCCUUGAAAUUGAACGUUCUCUCGUCAGCCUGGUGUGGUGGUUCUUUGAUUGGCAACUCAUGGGUCCUCACUGCUGCUCACUGUACCGAUGGUGUUAAAUCCAUAACUGUUUACUUGGGUGCAACUGUCCGUACAUCGGCCGAAAUUCAAUUCACCGUAUCCAAGAGCGACAUUAUCAUCCAUGAAGAAUGGGAUGCCGAAAAACUGAAAAAUGAUAUUUCUCUUAUCAGAAUUCCAUCAGUUUCCUACUCCAGCCGUGUACAACCGGUGAAAUUGCCCUCAAUCUCGAACUCCUACUCUACCUAUGUUGGCGAAACUGCUGUUGCCUCCGGUUGGGGACGCAUCAGCGAUUCUGCAUCUGGUGUGACAAAUGAUUUGCGUUAUGCUGUCGUGCAAGUGGUUGCCAACUCUGUCUGCGCCAAUACUUAUGGUUCCUCGGUUGUGUAUCCAUCUACAUUGUGUAUCUCUACCGCCGGCGGUAUCUCCACUUGCAAUGGUGACUCUGGUGGCCCAUUGGUUGCAUCCUACUCCAACGUACAGAUCGGUUUGACUUCAUACGGUGCUCGUGCUGGCUGCGCUAAGGGUUAUCCAGCUGCAUUCACCCGUGUCACCAGCUACUUGGAUUGGAUUAAAUCCAACACCGGCAUUUCUGCUUAAGUUUUUUGUUCUGACAUACUCGUCUAUAUGGAAAAUGGUUAUAAAUUGAAUAAAGCAUACUUUGAAACAAAAAA